AUGUGCCUCUUCGUAGGGGUGCAGGAGGAGACUGGCAUGUCUCAUGAAUCCGCAGAAGAUUUGUUUCAUUUCAAUGUCGGAGGAUGGCAUUUCUCAGUCCCCAGAAGCAAACUCUCUCAGUUUCCAGACUCCUUGCUGUGGAAAGAGGCUUCAGCCUUGACCUCUUCAGAAAACCAGAGGCUUUUCAUCGACAGAGAUGGUUCCACAUUUAGGCAUGUACACUAUUACCUCUACACCUCCAAGCUCUCCUUCUCCAGUUGUGCAGAACUGAACUUGCUCUAUGAGCAAGCACUGGGUUUGCAGCUGAUGCCUUUGCUGCAGACUCUAGAUAAUCUGAAGGAAGGGAAACACCACCUCCGUGUGCGGCCUGCAGAUAUACCUGUUGCUGAGAGAGCAUCUUUGAACUACUGGAGAACCUGGAAGUGUAUCAGCAAACCUUCAGAAUUUCCAAUAAAAAGCCCAGCCUUCACAGGCCUACAUGACAAGGCACCUUUGGGGCUCAUGGACACACCACUUUUAGACACAGAAGAGGAAGUGCACUACUGCUUCCUGCCCUUAGACCUGGUGGCCAAGUAUCCAAGCCUAGUGACUGAAGACAACCUGCUGUGGCUGGCUGAGACUGUGGUCCUGAUCGAGUGCGAGUGCAGCGAGUUCCGCUUCAUUGUGAAUUUUCUCCGUUCACACAAGAUUUUGCUACCAGAUAAUUUCUCCAACAUAGAUGUGUUAGAAGCUGAAGUGGAAAUUCUAGAAAUUCCUGAGCUCACGGAAGCUGUACGGUUGUACCGGAUGAACAUGGGUGGCUGUUCCCGGACCUCCUGUCCUCCCCCAAGCCCUGGAAAGGGGGUACGUGCAGCCGGUCUGGAGUCUGUGAAGCCACUGUACAUGAUGGCCCUUGGUCUGCUGGUCAAGUACCCAGACUCUGCGCUAGGACAGCUCCGCAUUGAGAGCACGCUGGAUGGAAGCAGACUGUAUAUCACAGGGAACGGAGUCCUCUUCCAGCAUGUCAAGAACUGGCUGGGGACUUGCCGGCUUCCCCUGACUGAGACCAUUUCCGAAGUGUAUGAACUCUGUGCCUUCCUGGACAAGAGGGACAUCACCUAUGAGCCAAUGAAAGUGGCUCUGAAGACUCAUCUGGAACCAAGGAGUUUGCCACCCAUGGAUGUGCUUAAUGAGUGGACAGCAGAGAUUACUGUGUAUUCCCCACAACAGAUUAUCAAAGUUUAUGUUGGAAGCCAUUGGUAUGCAACCACCCUGCAGACCCUGCUGAAGUAUCCAGAACUGCUGUCCAACUCUCAGAGAGUAUACUGGAUCACAUACGGACAGACCCUACUUAUCCAUGGGGAUGGCCAAAUGUUCCGACAUAUUCUCAACUUCCUGAGACUUGGAAAACUCUUUUUACCAUCUGAAUUUAAGGAAUGGCCUCUCUUCUGCCAGGAGGUGGAGGAAUACCACAUUCCAUCCCUCUCAGAAGCCCUUGCACAAUGUGAGGCAUACAAGUCAUGGACUCAGGAGAAAGAAUCUGAAAAUGAAGAAGCUUUUCCCAUCAGGAAGCUGCACGUGGUGACAGAAGGACCAGGGUCACUUGUAGAAUUCAGUAGAGAUGCCAAAGAAACCACAGCCUGCAUGCCUAUGGACUUCCAAGACUGCAAUGACAGGACUCCAUGGAACAAAGCCAAGGGGAAUCUGGCCAGAUCCAGUCAAAUGGAAGAGCCUGAACAGUAUACUCGGACUAUCCAGGUCUCCCUGUGCCGAAAUACCAAGAGGGCAGGCAAUCCCAGUGCAUACUCACACUGCUCUAGCUUAUGUGCUAACCCCAGACACUGGGGAGGCCACUCUGAGAGUCCCCCCAAAAAGAAGUGUACCACAAUCAACCUCACACAGAAAUCUGAAACUAAAGAUCCCCCUGUCACCCCCAUGCAAAAGCUUAUCUCCCUGGUGAGGGAAUGGGACAUGGUCAAUUGCAAACAGUGGGAAUUCCAACCAAUGACAGCCUCCCGGAACAACUCCUUGGAGGAGGGUGCCCUGCAUCUCCCCUCGGGAAGUGAGACUGCUUCCCAGUCCAGCACCUCCGCUACUUCGAAAGCCCAUUCCAUUGCGUCAGAGAAGGAUUCAGGUCUACCAGCAGGGGCUGGAGCUGGAGCAAAAGACAAGGGGCCAGAGCCAACCUUUAAGCCACACUUUCCCACAAAAAGAGCUAUUUCCCUGAAGGACUGGGGCAAGCAGAGACCAAAGGAGAGAGAAAGCCCUGCACCUGAGCAGCCUCUGCCUAAUGCCAGUGGGGUAGACAACCCAGGGGUCAUCCUUAAAGUGACUCACCCGCCUGUUGUGGGUAGUGAUGGCUCCUGUAUGUUCUUUGAGGACAGCAUCAUUUAUACCACACAGAUGGAUAACCUCAGACAUACGCCACUUACAGCCAGCCCCCAGCCCCGAGAGGUGACUUUUCUUAGUUUCUCUCUGUCCUGGGAAGAGAUGUUUUAUGCACAGAAAUGUCACCGAUUCCUGACGGACAUUAUCCUGGAUUCCAUCAGGCAAAAGGAUCCUAAAGCCAUCACGGCCAAGGUGGUCUCUCUGGCCAACCGGUUGUGGACUCUGCACAUCAGCCCCAAGCAGUUUGUGGUGGAUUUGCUGGCCAUCGCUGGUUUCAAGGAUGACCGGCACACUCAGGAGCGCCUGUACAGCUGGGUGGAGCUCACACUGCCUUUUGCCAGAAAAUAUGGCCGCUGCGUGGACCUGCUCAUCCAGAGAGGCCUGUCUAGAUCUGUCUCUUACUCUGUUUUGAGCAAGUACUUACAAGAGGGCUAGGGUGCCCAGAGACGCUGCCCUGCAGCCUCCAUCCCAUGCAUGUG